ACAACGAAAACAAAAGUGGUACAAAUUUGUUGGAAGAAGCUGCAUGUAAAGAAAACAGUUUUAUUUACUUUUACAUUGAGCAAACAGUGUUUGAGUAUUUUUUUUAUUUUAAAAUCAUAAUGGUAUUUUAUUUUACAAGCAACGUGGUACAACCACCAUUUCGAAUUUUCAUGGGUGCAGAUAAAUAUGAAAAUGAAGACUUAAUAAGAUGGGGUUGGCCAGAAGAUGUUUGGUUUCAUGUUGACAAAUUAUCUUCUGCACACGUAUACUUAAGAUUACAGAAAGGGCAAACGAUUGAUGAUAUUCCAUCAUCUUUGAUUAAUGACGCUUGUCAGCUCGUCAAAGCAAAUAGCAUUCAAGGGAAUAAAAUGAAUAAUAUCGAUGUUGUUUAUACAAUGUGGGAAAAUCUUAAGAAAACACAAGGUAUGGAGGUUGGACAAGUAGCAUUUCACUGUGAUAAGGAUGUAAGAAAAGUGCGUGUGGAAAAACGAAUUAAUGAAAUUGUUAAUCGUCUUAAUAAAACAAAAGUUGAAGAACAUCCAGAUUUAAGGGGUGAAAGAGAAAAACGGGAUGAAGAAGAGCGCGAAGAUAAAAAACGAUUACUUAGAUUGCAGAAACAAAAAGAAAAAGAGGAUGAAAAACGUAGACAAGAUGAAGCUGAACUAAGAAGUUAUUCAAGUUUGAUGAAAGCAGAAAAUAUGAAAACAAAUUAUGAUGAUGGUAAUGAUUCAGAUGAUUUUAUGUGAAAAUUGUGAGAAACAAUUUAAAAUUUUAUAUUUUUCGUUUGCUUUGUAAUGUUACCAAUAUACAUACUGUGUAUAAGCUGUUUUUUCUAAUAAAAUCUAUGUCA